CUGAGUCAAUUCACAAACUUCCUGCUCUGGGCUUAGCAGCCACCGUGAACCAGGCCGCCCCAAAGCAGGGUCCGAAGGCCAUACUUGAGGCCCAGGCGGGGGCCCAGGGGGGCCCAGAGUGGAAACAUGGCCGAUGGGGAAAGAGACCUCAGUUCCAGUCACACAGAGAGAGAGAGAGAGAGGCAGAGACACAGGCAGAGGGAGAAGCAGGCUCCAUGCACCGGGAGCCCGACGUGGGAUUCGAUCCCAGGUCUCCAGGAUCGCGCCCUGGGCCAAAGGGCAACUAUAGAAGACCAGAACAUUGAGGAGAAACUUGUCUAUGAGACUCUAUUCAAACACUUCAAAAGAUACAAGGUGGAGAUUUCAAGUGCAAUAAAAAAGCCAUUUCCUUUCUUUGAGGGUCUCCGGGACCGUGAACUCAUCACCAAUAAAAUGUAUGAGGACUGUCAAGAAUCUUGUAGAAACCUGAUCCCUGUACAAAAAGUGGUGUAUAAUGUUCUCAAUGAACUGGAGAAGACAUUUAACCUGCCACUUUUGGAAGCAUUGUUCAGCGAGGUCAACGUGCAAGAAUAUCCCGAUUUAAAUGGCAUUUAUAGGAACUUCGAACAUGUGGUCCAAGAGAAAAUUCAUUACGGAGAAAGCUAUGAAGAAGAGGUGGAUGAGAAUCCUAAUAUCCAACGGAGCCUUGAACAAGGAACUGAUGAAAACAUAUAUCGAAGCCUGACCUGGCCAUGCCCACCAUCCUCAUCUCACCAGGGUACCACCUCACCUGAAAAUGGACCCUCGAAGAACCUCUGUGAAACAGAACAGAUUAAUGCAAACAGAAAAGAUACAACCAGUGACAAAAAUGAUGCACUAGAAAGCCAAGAAGCAAAUAAAGAGUGUGCCCAAGAAUCUGAGCUGGCAGAGUCCUGUGAACAAGCAUCCAUCCAAGUGUAUAAUGGAGAUAUAAGAGAAGACACACCCAGCCCAUUGCCCUGUGAUGGAGAAAGAGCAGAGCUACCCAAUCAUGGAAUCCAAAUGAAUUCCUGUUCGGUAUAUCUGGUGGAUAUAAAGAAGGAAAAGCCAUUCUUUAACUCGACAGUUGAACAGCAAGCCCAAGCAAGGACUAACUAUAACCAGGCAUCUGACAUAAUAGUGAUCAGCAGUGACUCUGAAGAAUCCAAUGAUGGAGAGGAGCUCCCAGAAGCCUCCACAUCAACACUGGAAAGCCGGCCUGACCCCGUGGAUUUCAGAAAAUCACCUAUCUCCCAAGAAGGAGCUUGGAAAGUAGUGAAAAGAUUUGAUUACUCUUCAGAGUCCAGUGAGGAAGAGGAGCCCAUGAGAGCCUCGAGCUCAGCACUGAGAAGCAAUCCUGAUGAGGAGGAUUCUGCAGAUAUUGGAAACAAAUCUUUUUGGGGAAUAAACAACAGGAAAAGACACUCCCUGGAUAACCAAAGGAACUGGAAGAAGAAGUACGUGCCGACAAGCGGAAAGGGGAUCAGCAGUGGUAACUUUUCAGAAUUACAUCGUGCAGAAGAAUCUCAGGAAUCUUCUAACUCAGUCCUAAGAAGUGGGUCAGGAGCAGAGUCCCAAGGACUUGGAAAUGAAGAGUGUUCAUGUGUCAUGUGCCUUUCGAAAGGUAUUUCAAGAGGCCAAGGAACAAGGACUGAGAAUAGCCAAGCAUCUGACAUGAUGGAUACCAUGGAUAUUGGAAACAAUCCUACUUCGGGAAAACACAAUGAGAAAAUAAGAAAAAAGAGAAGACAUAUACAUAAAAAAAACAAUCUUCAAAAAGUGAGAAGGAGAGGCAGACAUAGAAUCCAAAGUCUAAUUAGCAGAGCCCUAUGGAGCAGAGGCAAACCAAAAGGGAGAAAAACAACCAACACUGGGCCUUUGAGAAGAGGCAGAAAAAGAGGUCCAAGAAUUCCCAGAGAUACACAUAUGGAUUUUCACCGUCCAGAACUUCCUGUGACCUGUGGAGAGGCAAAGGGGAUUUUAUAUAAGGAGAAAAUGAAACAAGGAACCUCAGAGAAGUGUAUAAAGGGUGAGAAUGGAAGCUGGUUCACUCUCAGGGAAUUUGAAGUUGAAGGAAACCACUCACGAUCCAAGAACUGGAAGAUGAGUGUGAGAUGUGGCGGAUUUCCCCUGAAAGACCUGAUUGAGAAUAAAUACCUACCAGACCCGCCAAGAAGAAGAAAAAGAAGAAAGUCUAGCAGCAACAACUUUUUUGACCCUUAUAUGAGAAGAAUUUACAAAUUGAGAUAUGCCCCCGAUUCACAUCAGCACAUUGGGCACAAGGAUGAUAUUCUAUUACCAUUUAGAACCCAAAAAGCAGGCUGCUGUUCUUUGCCUAGUAAGACAGUGUUGCUAGAAGGGCCUCUGCAUCCUCGUGGCCUUGGACCUCACAGAAACACUGAGAAGGAGCCAGGAAACUCAAAUAUAUGUGAGGUUUGCCGUGGACCCGGAAAGCUGUUCUGCUGUGAUACUUGUCCAAAGUCCUUUCAUGAGACAUGCCACAUCCACCAUAUAGAUGCUAACAGGGACCCAUGGAGUUGCAUCUUCUGCAGGAUAAAGGCUCUUCAGAAAAAGUACCCACAAAGCCAACUAGGUCACCAGGCAUCUGAGGUCCUAAAGAGACGGAUGGUACCUGAGGAACAGUUGAAAUGUGAAUUUGUCCUCUUGAAGGUCUACUGCUAUUCAAAAAGCCUCUUUUUUGCCUCAAAACCACAUUACCAGAGUAGAGAGGCAUCUCGUGGCCCAAAGAAGCCCAUGUGGCUAAACAAAAUCAGGAAAAAGCUGAAUAUGAAACUGUACCUCCAAGUGAAAGGGUUUGUACGGGACAUGCGCCUCAUCUUUCAGAACCACAGGGCAUAUUACAAGGACAACCAGAAAUUCAUCAAGCUGGGACUUCAGCUAGAGGCCAUAUUUGAGAAUACUUUCAAAAACACUUUUGCAAUUCAGGAAACAGGCGAGAACAGUUCUCAGUUGGAGCCCAAUCUUUCAUAAAAUAGCCAAUACCCUCCCCCCCCACCCUGCGCACCCCACCCCCAGUCAAUUCCUCAGCAGCUACAUGAUGACACGUUGUGGUCCCUCCUACUGACUAUUCUGAUGUACAAACAACUUUUUCAAAAAUUUUUAUUGCCAUUUCUGUUCAUUUAUUUUUUAAAUAAAAUAUAAAAUUAUCUUGUCUA